CACACACUGCCGGUCUCCUUCCCGUGCGACCCGCGCCGCCGCCACGGCGCCGCCCUCCUCUGCUGCGCUGCCGCGUCGCCCCAUUCCCUACUGCGUCGGCAGGCGGCCGUCGUUCAUCGCCUCCCGGAGCUUAGUUUCGCUAGGCACUUGCGUCUGAGUCUUGGGAGUCUGAUGGCUGCCCCCAUUGUCACGGCUGCGCUCAAUUGUAUUACCGCACUCCUAGCCUUGAAGAGAGAUGGAGACGUCCUUCAAGGUGAAUUUCUGGCCCUCAUUUAUGACACCAAUGUUUCCUUGGAGUCGGUUGCUACUAAAAUUGAGAAGUACGAAGGCAAUCCACAGCUAUAUGAGGUGAUCUGUGACAUUGAGGACUUCCUCAAUGGUCUUUGGAUUCCUAAAGGCCGCAGCUUCUAUACUCUCUCUAGGACACAGUUGGGUGGAGUGGCUCAGUAUAAUGUUCGCUUGAAACAUUUACUUCAGACACUUCUGCCGGAUCCAGCUCUGGUGCUACGGAGCCCAGCUCAUCCUCGUCUGGUGUUUGCCAUUCUUAUGCUCCAGAGGGUAGUCUUAUGGGCAUUCUUGAGCCGAAACAGGAGAUUAUAAAGCUACUUACCUCAGAUGUACCUGACUUGAAAGUUAUUUGUAUUGUUGGAUGCGUUGGUAUGGGAAAGACUGCCCUUUCAAGGGCUCUUUAUGAUGACAAGGAUCUUACAAUAUUCUUUGAUUGUAAAGUAUGGUUAGUGGCAUCUGAAUGCAGCAAUGCGGAAAGCGUCAAAACCAAAGUUCUUGAACAGAUUAAGCACCUGAAGUCCUGGGACGCUUUGCAUGAAUUCUUGAAGCGUAGAAGGUAUCUGUUAUUCAUCGAUGAUAUGCCCAAAGGAUCAGAAUGGAGGAUACAUGAUAUUUUUCCAUCAGAUAUGGGAAGCGAUGGCAGCAGAAUAGUUGUGACAACAAGCGUGCACUCAGUGGCUGCUUCCUACAGCUCCGGCAACCACCUAUUCACUAUGCGAUCACUUGAUAAAACUACUUCUGAAAAUUUGCUUUGGAAGAACAUCUUGGAAGCAUCACCUGCAAUAAGGAAUGGUUCAGAAACCAUCCUGCAGAAGUGUGAUGGCUUACCACUGGCUUUAAAUGGUGUUUCUGAUUAUCUAAGUUCUAAAGGAGUUCGAGGUUCGCUUUUGACUGAAUCCUGUUGUGAGGAAGUAGGGAAACAUCUUGGUAAGUUCAUGACAGGCAAUGAGAGGGCAUUUGGCAAAAUGAGAAGAGCUCUUAUCCGAUGUUAUGAUUGUUUGCCUAAUUAUGAUGUUAAGAGUUGCUUAGCAUAUACUUGCAUUUUUCCGACGCGACAUCAGAUUAACGUCAUGCAGCUAGCGAGAAAGUUGUUUGCUGAAGGCUUGGUGCAGGAAAAUAUAGCUGUUCAUGAUUGUCUCUCAACACUUAUUGAUAUGAGUAUGCUCGAGCCUACACCGCUGCGCAGCAGUCUCAGUAACACCACUAAAAGAUGUGAAUUGCACAAUGUAAUGCGAGAGUUUGCCAUCCAGAAGGCCCUUUCAAGGCAUCUUGUUACUUUUGUUACUCGAGAUGAGCUGCUGCACGAGGGCGGCCGUAUUCGCCGACUUAGUGUUCAUCAUAGCUCCAAAGCAGGAUGUGAAGCAUUGGCGAAGCAGAAGCAGUUCAGCCUGUCCUCUCUCAGGUCCUUCACAACCUUCAACAGUGAGCUUUUUGAUUUCAAGAGUAGUAAUCUGUUGCGUGUGUUAGAUCUAGAAGGUUGCAAAGGUCUUGACGAUGGAGUUGUCAAGGAUAUCUUUAACUUGGUGUUUCUCAGAUUCAUCUGCCUUAGGAAUACUGACAUAACCCGAAUUCCUAAAAGGGUAAGAAAGCUCCUGCAUCUGGAGACACUGGAUGUUCGGGAGACACAGGUGAACACAUUACCAUUGGAAGUUAUCAUGCUACCUGAAUUAGGUUCCCUGUUUGGUAUGUUUGAGCUGCAACUUCCAACUGACACGGCAGGAAUGCAAAAGCUUGUGAAGUUCUUGAAAGAUGAUAGUAAGUUGCAUGCUUUUGGUGGGCUUGUCAUCACAAAGGCACAACUUCAAGGAAGUUCAAUGGCAGAAAAACAAGCUUUUGCAAUCAUAAUAAAAGAAGCGAAAAGUCUGAGAAAGGUUAAAUUCUGGUACAAAGCUUCUGCAGUUUUCCAGAGGAAGAAAGUAUGGGUUAAAUCUUUGUUUGAUGCUGCUGCCUCAGCCUCUCAGCCUCAGGAUGAUGCUGCUGCCCCUCGCUCUCAGGAUUCUGAAGCAACAGACAGUGUAUUGGCAGCCUCUCUCACCUCUUCUAUUGGCAAAAGAACCGUGGAACUCCGGUCUCUUUCUAUUGAUUUUGGUGUCCUGGAGAAUGAGUUUUUGGGUUCCAUAGAGGUUCUCGUCUCUCUCAAGUCCAUCAAACUGAGGCAAACGUCGGGAACUUUGCCUGACCCUGCAAAGUUACGCGUGAUGCGUAGUCUCAUAAAACUGCAUCUUGUUUCGACUGGUUUGACCAGCGAACAGUUGGAAGUACUGCAACACUUGGAAUUACUGCAACACUUGGAAUGCCUGGAACUUUUGAGGAUCAAAGAGGAUCGUCCCGGAUUCUGGGAUGGGUACUUUUCUGUCCAGAUAGGUGGAUUCCCAAGCCUUCAACUCCUGAGCUUUGAGGCCCCAAGGUAUCCAAGGGUGCGGAUUCAGCAAGGCGCCAUGGUACAUCUAAUUUCCCUUCAAUUGCUUUGUGCCGAAUCUCCUUCAUACUCGGCGCAAAAAGAAGAAUCUCCUCCCUACUGUACUGCAAAUGGGGAGUUUGAGUCCCUGAUUGGAGUUAAAAUCGCCCAUCUUCCAUAUCUCAGUGAAGUGAUACUACAUCCAACAACUGAUAGUGGCAUCAUUAAUGCAUGGAAGACCGCGCUGGGUUCUCACAGUAACAGGCCGUGCCUGAAGAUGCGACCAGCCUGAUGUCAUUUUCCUUGGGAAGGCGAAGUUCUGUUGUAUGUUCUGUGGCUUAUGCAUUAUCAUUAUCCUUGGUUUCUCUCUGAUGUCAUUUUCUGGAAGUCACACCCAUAUUUUCAAAACAUAUGAACAUUCAUUAUGCAGUAUGUGAACAUCUUUUUCUUUUUGAAAUAUAUGGUCGUUAGUAUA